AUGGUUUUUGCAUUGCUCAAAAUUCAGCCCAUCAAUGAAAGGAUUUACGUCUUCAAAUGGUAUAUGAAUGGGACGAGGACUAAUCUGAGCAGUGGAGGUGUGGUGGGAUUCAAUUUUCUCCAUUGGAUGCCAUAUGCUUUGAAAAUGAGUGAGGAUGAGAUUAUUAGCCAUGCUGGGCUUGAUUCUGCUGCAUUCUUGCGAAUUUUUAUUCUUUGCUUGAAAAUAUUUGGACUGAUAGCCAUUGUGGCACUCGUGGUUCUUAUUCUAGUGAAUGUAUCUGGUGGAGCUUUAGACUUUGGGAGUCCUGACUUGGUUUUCAACAUCCACGAUAAGCUAUGGAUAUCAAACAUUUGUCCUAAAUCUUAUAAGACUAAUCCGAGCAGUGGAGGUGUGAUGGGAUUCAAUUUUCUCCAUUGGAUGCCACAUGCUUUGAAAAUGAGUGAGGAUGAGAUUAUUAGCCAUGCUGGGCUUGAUUCUGCUGCAUUCCGGAGAAUUUUUACUCAUUGCUUGAAAAUAUUUGGACUGAUAGCCAUUGUGGCACUCGUGGUUCUUAUUCUAGUGAAUGUAUCUGGCGUAGGUUUAGACUUUGGGGGUCCUGACUUGGUUUUCAACAUCCUCGAUAAGCUAUCGAUAUCAAACAUUUGUCCUAAAUCUUAUAAGUUUAACGUCCUUUCACUCAGGGGAGGAUCCAGGGACGUACCAGCGUUGCUUCAACUCGUCCCUCCAGCCAGAUCCUAA